AUGAAGAAACGGUUGAAGCAGAGUGUGGCCGAAUACCGGCUGAGAGAAUUAUGGCAGAAGUUUGGCAACGCUCUCUGCAUUUCCGCCCGAGACAAGCGGGAGGAGCAACCUGUUGCUGCCAGUGAAGAAGUGCCGCGCCGCGCCGCGCCGCGCUCUGCCAGCUACAGAAAGAGGGUUGGCCGAGGAGGGACCCAGGGUGGGGGAUAUUCAUCACGCGCCGCGUGGGGGACGUUGCGGAAGGGCUACAGCGGGGCGCGCGGGGGCCAGGGGGCGGGCGGCCGCGGCGGAGGAGGGGGAGUGCCGUGCCGGGGAGGAGGGGGUUCCCCGGCCGCCUGCUAG